AUGUCCCUGGCGGUGAAGGAGAAGAACCACGUCCGCUUGGUUUUCCUGGGAGCUGCCGGCGUGGGCAAGACCUCGCUGAUCCGCCGCUUCCUGCUGGACACCUUCGAGCCCAAGCACCGGCGCACGGUGGAGGAGCUGCACAGCAAGGAGUACGAGGUGUGCGGGGCCACGGUCACCGUGGAGAUCCUGGACACCAGCGGCAGCUACUCCUUCCCGGCCAUGAGGAAGCUCUCGAUCCAGAACAGCGACGCCUUCGCCCUGGUCUACGCCGUGGAUGACGCCGAGUCCUUCGAGAGCGUCAAGAGCCUGCGGGAGGAGAUCCUGGAGGUGAAGGAGGACAAGUUCCCUCCCAUCGUGGUGGUCGGCAACAAGGCGGAGAGCGGCGGCCAGCGGCGGGUGCCGGUGGAGGACGCGCUGUCGCUGGUGGAGCUGGACUGGAACAGCCGCUUCGUGGAGACGUCGGCCAAGGACAACGAGAACGUCCUGGAGGUGUUCAGGGAGCUGCUGCAGCAGGCCAACCUGCCCAGCAGGCUCAGCCCCGCGCUCUGCAAGAGGCGGGAGACGCUGCCCAAGGAGCAGGCGCUCAGGCCGCCCAUGAACAAGACCAACAGCUGCUCCGUGUGCUGA